UCUCAGGUCUAGACAAUGCCAUGAUGAACUCCCUCUGUUAUAACAUGGAAUACAAGUGGGAUAUAUGCACAUAGCUAUGAUAAGAUUAUUCAUAUUCAGCUGCAGGGCAUUACAUCCUGUUCAUUGAACCUGUAUGACAGACCGCAGAGUAAACAGAGAUGGUGCGGACUGGCCCUUUAAGAAGGAUAAAGACGAGUCCCGGCGAGCCGAGCGCAUCGAUGCCGCGCUUUACAUUUGGUUGAUAAUUAACAUUUCUGCUGAGGGAAAUAUUUCACAUUAUCCUUGCCUUCAAAGAGUCGCACGAGUGAAAUCAACAUCGCUAUAUGAAACGACAUCUGGAGCAAUGUGACGCUGUUGACUCUGUUGCUGGUUUGCUCUCUGGUGCGUAAUUGAUGCGAGCAGAGAAUCCUGUGCUGCAGCACUAAAUUUGGCAGAGUCAGGAUCCUCCACAGAUCCUUUUUUCUUCAGGGAGGGGGGAGGGGGGGCACUGCUGGUUUUGAACUUCCUACCUUUGUUGUUUCAGGACAUCCUGAACACCACACAGGCAGUGCCCUCUUAUCUUGCCCUGGAGAGCUGAACUCAAAGAAAGAGUUAUGGAGGACAAACGCAAGAAGCGGAGCCCUAAGGUGUCCCUCCCCCAGCCCCCUCCCCCUCCCAUCAACCCCCGCAAACUCUCUGUCCUGCCUGCCAGUAAAAGUGCCACCUUCUCUCUUGGCCUGCCGCAGCCCCCCUCCCCUAAGAACAGAGGCAAGUACAAGAGGUCUAUAGGAGCACCGGGACAGCCAAAAGAGGUGUUCGCAACCGUCGUAGCUCCACCAAAGAUUACCAGGCCCCACAAGGAGAAGCCCAGGGCCCCCCAGCCAGCAGGACCCAGUAAAGUGGUCCAGUCUUCCCCCCUGCAGCACUCCUUCCUCACAGACGUGUCAGACGUGAGAGAGAUGGAGGGAGGCCUGCUUAACCUCCUCAAUGACUUCCACUCAGGCAAACUGCAGGCUUUUGGUAAGGUGUGCUCCUUUGAGCAGCUGGAGCAUGUGCGUGAGAUGCAGGAGAAGCUGGCUCGACUACACUUCAGCCUGGACAGCCACGUGGAGGAGCUUUCAGAGGAUCAGAGGAAGUGUGCCUCCGACCACAACCUGGAGCACCUGCUGUGUAACCUAGAGGAGCUCAGCACCUCAAUACAAAAGCUCCACCUGGCAGAGAACCAGGACCUGCCCAAGACAUCUGGGCCCUGACAAAGUGAGGUGCAGAGGAGGACAGAUGACCACCAUCUUCUCCCGACAUCUAACCAGUCCAGGUUUCCAUGGCAUUAAUCCAGCUGCCUUAGUAACAGAAUGGAAAGAUCCUCAGGAGGAGGGCCUAUUUUUUUUUCCAUUUGGUCAGUGAAGCCGAGGGAACAAUGCACUGACUGAAAAGCAGCAGAGCAUUAAAUGAACGCUCAACAAUAAUGAUAAACCACCUAUUCAUGGCACAAGAAACGCUCUGAGGGUUUAUUGAAACGUUCUGUUUGAAGAAAUGUGUUCAGGAAGUUCUUGGCUCUGGUUUGUAGUUACGUCACUUAGUCACAAAUAAUCAAAUCCAUGUGAGUGUUUGGUUCUGUUCUGUUCUGUCAGCGCUGUUUUAUCUCACAAAAAGGACUUUUCAUGACUGUUUAACAGCGUGCAUUAUUUCACAUUACAGGCCUGGAGUUUUCAUAAUUUCAUUUUUUCUCUCUGUUUUCGGAAAGGUAAGAAAUUACAGCCAAACUGGAGUAGCAUACAUGCUUGGCCCAUGUUGACACCACUGUGGUUAGCCUUGACCUUUACUGGGAGUUUCACUUUUGCUAUUACCCUGAACACACUCCCUCAUUGUUUUAUAUAUUUCCAUUUGAAGUUUGAUACUGGGGAACAGACUGGAUUUAUUAAAAGCUGGGUGAACCUUUAUAACGGUGCAUUUGAAUGGACCUGUGUGAGGAGAUGUAAUGUAUAACAUGUAUAUUUGAAUAGCUUAUAGGUUAAAUAUUUUUUAUGUUUUGCCAACGUGCAGCAAAGCCACUGUAUAUGUAGACACUGAGGAUUCUUUUUUUAAAUCAGGAUUGCUUUUAGGCUUUGUUUUUUAUUAAGAGGGCUCAUUAGCAGCUUCCCUCCAAGCACAAGCAAGUCCAACCCGCUACUGAAAUGCUGUAAUAUCACCUACUGUAACACUAAGAACACAGGGAGUCUGUCCAGUGUGACACAAGACGGCAUUCACUGUGUCCCAUCACACUGUGUUGGACUGCACAUUCACAGAGUAAUGCAGCUGGCAGCAGUCUCUGUAGAGUAACAUUUCAGAAUGGCAGCUACUUUCAUGGUUUAAAUUGUAGAGGUUUUUCUUUUCCAGAUGCGUCAGCGGUGCAUCUUAGCUGUAAUAAGCAAUCCUGACAAUCAAAUUUAGUGAUCUAGGUGAUUGACCUGAAAUAAAUGAAGCAUGUUAAAGCAUCAAAAUACUAAGCAUUUCAUCAUUAAACGCGUAUGAUGACUUAUUUUUACUGCUUGCUAAGCCUACCUCUUCUCUAAAGCCUUUAACUAAAGUGCUUCUACAGCGACAUGAAACGUUUCCAAUUCUGGUAACUUAAAGAUCCUUCACAGCAGGGCUACAACUCGUUAUAGCGUCAGAACUGAUGACGUUACUGAUUGUUUUCUUUGUUAAUUGAUCUAAACGUAACAAAAAUAUUGUCCUACACCAAAGGGAAAUCACUGCAGUGACAUAACACAGAACAGUAGAUGAAGAUUUAACGUUUAAGAAAACGUUUGAGUUAAAUAAUUAUUGCAGCUCUUAUUCACGGUCAGCCAUUUUCUGUCGUUUGACAUUUUAAGCAGUGCUUGAAAUAAAAAACUAUUAGCUGUGAGCUUAACUUAAGAGCUAGUCUUAGUCAGAGCAUCAGAAAGCUUGUGAAAGAUCUUGUGUUUUCAGUUAUUGUACCCAUUAAUAAAGUCCUUUUUAAAGUUUC